CCACUAAAUGCUCUUUGAUAGAUAGCGAGUGUGUACCACUCAGGGGUUCUGCGAACCGCUCACUACGCGUCCGACAUUGCCGCUAAUUUUAUUCCCAUAUUCUGGCUGCUUCUCUCUGCUUAUCUCUUAACUAACAGGGGAAGCCGGGUUAGUGUUAUACGCAGACCGUCUUUCUUAAUUACCUCCAGCACGGGCCAAAUUGCGACAGGGAUCAUACGUUGAUCCAGGAGAUCUUCCCCUUACACGUUGCCAUUGUUAUUGUUUUGAUUUCGCUGGCGUCCAUCACGUUCCAUAUAUCCGCUCGUCGUCUUGAACUUCGCGAACCUGGAGAGUAUCGAACACUGCCAGAAUCCCAUAUCGCCUACUUUUUGACCAAUAUGCCUCGCAAAGCGCUGGCUGAGACAGACGCAAACGCCUGCAUCGUGUCUCCUGCGAAGACCACGGAGAAGAAAGACGGACUCGAGAAAGUAGCAAAGGAAACAUCCGACCAGCCUAGUCUAAAACGCAAAUCCAACUCAAAGUCGGAUGAACACGAGGACGAACACGAAGAGGAGGACGAAGAUGUAGAUGGCCCACCGAGCUGGUACAAUGCGGCCGCACACCCAUUUGGCUACCACAUUACCGACAACUGUGAUCAGGUUCGUCGUAAGAUCACCGCCUUCAUUUCCUCCGGGGAGAUGAAAGUCGGGGAAUUCCAGCGCUUGCUUGACGUCUCGCCGCGCUCGUAUCAGCUGUUCAUGCGGCAGAGGGGGAAAUGGAAAGGCCAGGGUUCGAUAACAUACCAAAAUGCAGCGUGUUUCUUCAAGGAGAGAGAAGAACAGGGUCUUCCGCCACCUAAGAAAAAGAGAGCUACCACUGCGACCACCAAGAAGACCAAAACUGGCAAAGGAGAAGCCGAGGAAAAGGACAAAUACGACGUCUCCAACAUCCACCUCGACGGUGAAUCUGAGUUCGAGGUCCCUGUCUUCGAUACCUGCGACGUUGUUCGGCGCAAAAUCCGGCACCACCUGCGCCAGGCAGGCGUCACGCAGGCUUCGUUCCUCCGCAACAUCCUCCGCGCUGCAUAUCAUCCAUAUGAUCCCAACAAGAAAAUCCAGUCCAAACAAUUGAACGAUUUCCUGAGCAAAGAAGGUUCCAUCUCAGGGAAUUCCAGCAGCGUCUUCUACGGGGCGUAUGUCUUCUUUGAGAAGCUUCGGAUCCGCGACAGUAAACCGAAAGAUCAGUUCCGGUUGGAAAUGGAGGAUGAGUGGUGGCCCGAUGGGUUUGACAGGGAGUGUUCGAGCAGACAGUGCUUCAUUGUGCCGAGAGGAACCGAGGUCUUUUGGAAUAAGUAUGGGCGGAUUGAGACAACGAGAGGAUUUCGUUGGUGAGUCGUCUGUAUGAGAUGUAUGCACAGAGGCGCACACGUGUUGCGACAACUAGAAGUGGAAUCAUGGACGGAUUCUGAGCUUCGGGUUAGAAUGAUUUCUGUGCAUAGACAAAGCAUUCAUCGACACAUCUCGAAAACUGAAUGGUGGUUCUGCUCGGGUCCGAGAUUCCCAAUUCGGACCGUCGACCCCGAAACUUGACCAUAUGAUAUCUACUAGAAUCAGUGUAACUAGGUACUCGAAUAGGGGGUUUUCACUCUUUCC